AUGUAUGUAUCCUUGCCACCUGGUCCUGAUGUCGUUUUAACACCAACAACUAAAACACCUUUUCGUAUUCAAAAUUAUCGUACAUUAGCAUAUGUUCUUACAACACUUGUUUAUCUUGUUAUUGGUGCAGCUAUAUUCGAUAGAUUAGAAUCAACACAAGAAUCAAUUAGUUAUGCUAAUUUACAAACACGUAUCGAUGUUUUUCGACAACAGCAUAAUAUGAGUAAGAGUGAAUUCGAAAAUUUAACACGAACUGUUGAAUCACGUUUAAAUUAUCGUAAAAAACAAUGGAAAUUUAUUGGGUCAUUUUAUUAUGCAACUGUUGUUCUUGCUCUUGUUGGUUAUGGGCACGCUAUACCGUAUACUAAAGCAGGACGUGCUGUAACAAUUGCAUAUGCAUUAAUUGGUAUACCAAUGUGGCUUAUUAUGAUUCAAAGUGUUGGUGAACGACUUAAUUCAUUAAUAACAUUUGUUUUAAAACGUAUUAAACGACAUUUUAAACGUAAACGUGAACCGCAAAUAACAGCAAUGGAAUUAUUAACAUGUGAAGCAUUAUUAACUGUAUUAACACUUGCAACAGGUUCAUAUGUAUUUCAUCGAUAUGAAAAUUGGCGCUAUUUUGAUGCAUUUUAUUAUUGUUUAUUAACAUUAACAACUAUCGGUUUUGGAGAUUUAGUACCUAUGCAAAAAGAUGAUUAUGGUAGUAUUGGUUGGUUAUAUAUAUUAUUUUGUAUAAUGUUUAUUUUAACUGGUUUAACAAUAGUCGCCUCUAGUGGUAAUUUACUUAUCUUACGUUUUGUUGAAACAAAUACUAAACGUUCAAGAAAUGAACGAUAUGAAAUGGAAGAACGACGUCGACAACAAGUACGAGUUGUGGGUGAUGUUAUAUCAUCAAACGGUCGUCUUGUUACAUUAGAAGAUGAUGAAGAUACACCAUCUUUACUUGGACCUAUUAAUAAUGCACCACGUAUACCAAUGGAAGCUAGUGCAAGUGAUUUAUCACUUUGCUCAUGUCGUGGUCAAUCAUCAUGUAUACCAACAUCAUGUAAAACAAAAUUUAAACGUAAACAUCAAAAUAUGUUACAUCAGCAAAAAACAACAUUAGUUAAACCACAAAUGAUUGUUAUACGUUCACUUCGAGAACAAAUUCUUGAAUCAUUACAACCAAAAAUUGAAAUGGAUGAAAAUAUGGCUUUACAUCGAUCUUAUCUUCAACUAGACAAAAUUCAAAAACGAAUACACUUAGGAUUUCUAAAGCAACAAGAAACAGAGUUACUUCAAUUAAAAUUAGCUUGUUUUCAUACUUCACAAGUACUUGAUAUAAAUGCAUCUUAG